AUGUAUCGCCUCAAGAUGGAGGUGGUGACAGCCAUCGCCGCGUGGGCUUUUGCCACGGCCUCUCAACUCUUGCCUCGCUCCACCGACGGACUCGACGGUCUCUGUUCCCAACAGGACGACCUCAAGGCCCUCGGAGACAGACUGUCAAGUACCGCCAAGGUCUACUGUCCCGGCUCGACCGGGUUCACGAAUGCGACCACGCGGUGGUCAGUUUUGGACGAGCCCGAGGUCAACAUCGUGGUGGUCCCCGGCACCGAAAAUGACGUCGCGGAGAUUGUGCAAUUCGCAAACCAGAAGGACAUUCCGUUCCUGACAUACAAUGGUGUCCACGGAGCACUUAUUUCUCUCGGGGAAAUGACUCACGGAAUCGCGAUCUACAUGGGCCAGCUGAGCAGUGUCAAGGUCGCGGAAGAUGGAAAGACCGCCACGAUGGGAGGUGGAACCAUGUCCAAGGUGGUCACUGACGAGCUGUGGGCUGCAGGAAAGCAGACCGUCACGGGCACCUGCGAAUGCGUCAGUCUGGUUGGCCCUGCUCUUGGUGGUGGACACGGCUGGCUCCAAGGUCACCACGGACUCGUCCUCGACCAGUUCGUGUCCAUGAACAUCGUCCUGGCCAACGGAACCCUGACGACACUUGACGCCACUUCGGACCUCUGGUGGGCCGUCAAGGGCGCGGGCCACAAUUUCGGCAUCGUCACCUCUCUGACGAUGAAGGUCUACGAAAUCCAGCACCGUGACUGGGCCAUCGAGACGCUGACCUUCAGCGGCGACAAGGUCGAGCAGGUCUACCGGGCCGCCAAUAACUACCUGGUCAAGAACGGCACGCAGCCCGCCGGCGUAAUCAACUGGUCGUACUGGAUGAACAUUGUCGAUGUGGACCCGACCAACCCGGUUAUCGUCUUCUAUAUCAUCCAAGAAGGCGUAACCGCCGUCAAUUCCACCUACACCGAGCCUUUCCAUAAGAUUGGACCCCUCGCCGUGGAAUCCAACUCCGGUACUUACAAGGACCUCGCUGCCUGGACUGAGAUUGCUGUCACCUCUCCUCCCUGCCAAAAGAUGGGCAUGGCCAACCCCCGUUACCCUAUCUACAUGAAAUCCUACGAUGUCGCGGCCCAGCAGAAGGCAUGGGACCUCUACGCAAACGCGACUCGUGGAUCCUCUGCCUUCAACAACUCCAUUUUCAUGUUCGAGGGAUACUCCGUUGAAGGUGUGCACGACAUUGAUAGCCGGUCCAGUGCCUUUGCCUUCCGGUCCGAGAACCUUCUCGCUGCUCCUAUGAUCAACUACUACCCGAACGGCACGGAGUUGGACCGCAGAGCGGCCAACCUGGGCCAGGAGCUUCGCAACAUCCUCUUCAAGGGAACCGGUCGGGAUGAUAUCCGUGCGUAUGUCAACUAUGCUCAUGGAGACGAGACGCCGCAACAGCUCUACGGUAGUGAGAAGUGGCGUCAGCAGCGCCUGCGGGCUUUGAAGGCCAAGUAUGAUCCCACGGGCAAGUUCAGCUAUUAUGCCCCGGUGCCGUGA